GGAAAACUUAAUCAGUCUAUAUAAAGCUUGUCGGGUUUCAGAUUUGGUACUGAACUUAAUUAUUUGUGUUGAUAUUCAUAGGCAAGUGUUUCAGACAACUUGUAAAAGGUGCUUACAAGCUCCUUCCUUCAAAUCUUUCUAUACAAAGAAAUUUUGAACGAUGGUUUUGGUGGAAGAGAUAAUGAGAGUAGUCGAAAAUGGAGUUAUAAUGGAGCGAAAGAGACAAGUAUUUGAGGCAGAUGAAGAUGCAUAUGACGGUAUGAAUGUCCACAUCAAGGAAUCAAUGAUUCUAACCACUUCAUUACUAUGCUUAGAGCAUCAAUUACACAAUGGACGAAACAGGGAAAGACGGCUGUUUGGAUUAAAUUGCCUAUAGAACAUGCCAUCCUAGUUAACGCUGCAGUCAAGGAAGGAUUUUGGUAUCACCAUGGAGAGCCAACAUACUUGAUGUUGGUGUACUGGAUUCCUCAAACUCCUAAUACUAUUCCUGCAAAUGCUUCUCAUAGAUUGGGGCUCUUGUCAUCAAUGAUAAUGGAGAGGUAUUAGUGGUCCAAGAAAGAAAUGGGACAUUCAGGGGCACAGGGUGUUUACCCCAAAUUUGGAUAAUCAAUUAAAUUUAUGAAUGAGUUAUAGAAUAUGUGGUUAAGCCUUAAUCUAUUUGGUAGAAAAAAGAUAUAUAUGGAUAUGCUAUGAAGAAGCUAAUAAUAAUCAGUGAUUUGCUACAGAUUUUUGUAUCUAGUAAUAUAUGAGUAUUGUUUGAUUGAGCAGAUCUAAAAGAAGAACACAAUAAUCCGGACCAAAAUCAGAUAUUGAGAGGGAGAGAUUUAUAUAUUAUUGCUAUUACAAAUGUUCUAGAACUUAAUUAGCCAGCCCCCUAAAGUAGGGUAAUGACCCCUAUUUAUAGUUUUGCCUCAUGUGCUUCAUACAACAUAAGGCCCUAAAGAAUAAAGAAAAACCCUAAAAUGAAUAAGGUUGGUCGUACGGUCUGACACCCGUACGAUUGGCAGUAAAAUGUGGCAGAACGGUAUUGACGCGUGGCAAUUGUGUAACAGAUCACCCGGACCAACGACCACGAUCAAACGGACCAGUGACCACGAUCAAACGGACCAACGACCACGAUCAACUCGGCUAUGGAGCAACCGGACCAAAUGAUGUUCUUCCCUUGCUUCGGUCCAAGCACUCCUCCGGUCCAGAAAGAAAGUCUUCGUGCACGUGCUUGUCCCUUUCUUCCUUCGGUCUUCGGUCUUACCGGUUUAACAUAUAUCCGAUUUUUACCGUAUACAGAUAGUCCUCACACUUUCCGGACCGUAGUUUUAUCGGAGUAAUGGGAAGUGGAUGAAUCAAGAAACCGGUGGCUCAAUUUAUCCGUUGUUAUCUUUUCAUUUUGGCAGGAACAGUUGCGUCACGUCCCUCUGUUAUCGGCCACGUGUCUCAUCCCGGAUGGUCAACUCUGACAAUCGCCGUAACACACGUCACUUCAAGUCAUUUCUCAUUAAUUAUGGGACACGUGGCAUCCCCCGAUUGGCUGGGGUUUGAAACCGCCUCGAUCCCAUACUGUAACGACCCGUUUGGUCGUUUAUCACUUUAAAACUACGAAAAGGGUAUGGGACUAUAUAGUAUUUAUUGACAUGAUUUUAAUAUAUGAAAUGGUGCAUGAAUUAGUGGAGUAAGUAAGUGGGCCAAGCCCACUACCCCUUGUUUUGUGCACGUCAUGUUCCUAAAGAAAGAGGAAAAAGUAGAAGGAAAUUAAAUAAUUAUAACUAGAAUAGUAACUUGCUUGUCAACCACACCUACAUGUGAAAUUAUGGGAAAUGGGCAACAAAAUGGGACUAUGUACCUAUUGUGGUGUGGUGGCAGUGAUUACAAAGCCACUAUGUAAAUAUAUGUCCAUUAUAUGGAGUCCAAUUCUUUAUCUAACAAAUGGGAGUUGUUUAUUUUAAGAGGAGUAGAAACGUUGGCAGCAACUUUAAACUCUGGGAAUUAAUUUGGAAGAGCAAAAUAUAAGCAAUAACUUUAGCUUUGAGAAUUAAAUUGAAGAGCAAUACGUUGGCAGCAACAUCUUUAGCUUUGGAAUAAUUCUUUUUUUUUUUUUUUGAAGAGCAGAAACGUUCCAACAAGAAUUCUAGGAACUCAACUGUGCAAGUAAGGAUUUCUUCCAAUUAUUGUUCUUGGUGUAAUAUAAUUAAUCCUCUAUGUGUUUAGUGGUUAGGUUAUAGUGUUCAUGUCAGAGAUGAUAUUAGUAAUGAUUGUGGGUUCAAUUUGCUUUUUAUGAAUAUGGAGAAUUGCGGCAUCUGUUUGUAGCUUUUCUUGGCAAAUCGGAUAACUCCCUUUUCUUGUCCAUUUAUCUUUUCAUAUAACCAUUAAAAUAGUAUUAAGCCUUGGUAGAAAUUUUUCAUUUUGUAAUUACGUCAUGUGCUAUAGGGAAAUUUUAAUAUUUCCAUGAAUGACAUAAAAUAAGUGUUCUAAUUUACCAUUUUGAUUGGGUAAUGAUUAUGAAUAAUUGUGGGCAAUAAUGAGGAUAUGUUUCUAAGCUACAGGUUUUCUAAUUCUAAUGAAUUCAUGUGUAAUGCUUAUUCCAAGCUACUGGUCCGUCCAUUUCUUCAUGUUUCAAAAUUUCUUUUAUGACUUUGAUGCUUUGACUAUAGUUUUGAUACAUUGGGUGUAUGAAGUCGAAUAUUAGAUGUAUUAAAUUAUAUGUACGCCUCCAAAUUCCUGGCACUUAAGAUUUUGGGAAAAUUAAAGGUUUCGAGUCCUAGUCUUAAGAAAGGAGAAUUAAUGAUUUGAGAGUCCAUUUAUGGAUGAAAUUGAUCAAUUUUAAAAAUAUAUGAUCCUUAGAUAAUGGGUGAAAUAAUUUUUCAAUAAAAUUCCAAUCUUGCCCUUAUGGGCCGAAGGCC